AUGGCGUCGAAGCAGAUGGAGGAGAUCCAGCGGAAGCUAUCCCUGCUGGAGUACCCGCGGUCGAACGCCCCCGCGCAAUCCCUCCUCUUCGCCGGCGUCGAGCGCUACCGCCUCCUCGAGUGGCUCUUCUUCCGGCUCCUAGGCGACAGAUCGCCCUUCACGCAGCAGAACUGGCAGGGGGAUAGCCUGGACCGCGACGAGGAGAACAACAGGAUUCAACACCUGGCGGAGAUAGCUAACUUCCUGGGCAUCACACCUUCGGUGGACACCGAGGCGAUUCAGGGUCGAGGUAGCUAUGAGGAGCGGGUCGAACUGCUCCAUCUUAUUGUCGACCUAGUGGAAGCUAGUUGCUACGCUGACAAUCCAGAAUGGAGUGUUGAUAAGCAAUUGGAGAAGGAUGUGCAACUCGUAGAUUCUAUUGCUGAGAAACAAGCCCAAAUUUUUUCAGAGGAGUGCAAACUUUUCCCUGCAGAUGUCCAAAUACAAUCAAUUUACCCCUUGCCUGAUAUCGCUGAAUUAGAGUUGAAGCUCUCGGAGUAUACCAAAAAGAUGUCCAAUCUGCAGCAAAUGGUUCAGGAAUUAGCAUCGAAGUAUGAUUAUAAUCCAAAUGAAGACUAUGCCGAGACAGAGUUGAAGUUGAGGGAACACUUGAAAUCAUUUUUGGAAACGGUUAAAUCCUUCAACACAAUAUAUACUAAGGAAAUCCAUCCUUGGACCCACAUGAUGGAAGUGCCACAAUUGCAUGGCUUCGGUCCAGCUGCUAACCGCCUCUUGGAGGCAUACAAUACCCUUUUAAAGUUCCUGGGAAAUCUGAGGAGUCUCCGAGAUUCAUACACUGCAAUGGCUGCUGGUUCACUGUCGGCUUCUAAUGAGCCUUCAUCUGUGACCAAGAUUAUUUCAGACUGCGAAUCUGCACUGACCUUCUUGAAUCACAGCCUUUCCAUCCUUUCCACUUCUGUGGCACGACGUUACGUAUGCUUGCGGAGACAAAGAUGCCCUCGCCUGAUUGAGGUAGCCUCUGAGAGCAAGGAUAGUAACCCAGCCGGCAGCCGGCUAAAUAUAAUGCCAGGCGUUUUAAUCUCGUGGAACGUGCUCAGCCGAGCGGAGAGCGUUGAAGCGAAUAAAGUGCUCCACAAUGACGUCACAUCUUCAAGGGCUUGCCCGUGCUCAGGCAAGGCAAAGAGCCAGCCAACGGUGCCUAGGCGCGCGCUGUUGCGGGAGGACAGGGCACCGGAGAACGCCCUGUCGGAUCAGCUCACCACCCUACAGGAGGACAUCGCCGACCGCACGCUCCUGCCCAUCGUGAGGCAGCGCGGUGAGCUUGCCACGGCGGCGGCGGCUACGGUGGCACCGCUCGACUCUGCUUGCGGAACCUACGCCGGCGCGGACGCCAAGGUGGACGCGGCACUGGACAGGUACAAGGCCACGCUGUCGCGGCUGCUGAUGUAG